AUGACCCCAACAGCCAAAUCAGGUGCAGCAUGUCACGAAAUUUUAUUCCUGAAUUUUAUAAGUAUUUGUGAACGGACAAUCACAAAGUUCAUCAAAGUCGAUCCCAAAAUAAAGCUAGAACAGAAUCGUUUGUGGAGCAGCAACCCAUCCGAGCUUGAGGUUUUGAGACAGCACAACACUGAACUUGAGGCCAAGGUUGCCGAGCUUGAGGUAUUUAGACAGCGCAACACUGAGCUUGAGGUCGAGAAAGCCAAGCUUGAAGAAGUAUGGAGGAGUCGCGUUACUCUGCAAGAGAAAAAAUUGCCGAGCUUAAAAACGAGAAUGCGAGGCUCAGGCAGAAACUAG